CACCACAGUAUCUCACCGCAGAUCUUGGGUCCUGACUGCGUGCAGCGCUAGCUCGACCGGGAGGUGUCACAAUGCUCUCCACAGAGACCAACCAAUGUGGCCUCACAGGGCAAAUGCCAUCGAGCACCAAGCCUCAUGUCUACAUUUUCGGCGGACACAGUGGCAAGGGGAUGUGCAUGGCCACAGAGAUAGCGACGAGUGACAGGACUUGUGCAGUUACCACCAUCUCGAAAAGAGGUAAACCAAGUGCUCCAGGGCCAGCCUCAGCUUUUGCUCAGGCAAUGGCGCAGUCCACUGUGCACUACAUGGCGGCGUGUGACGAGAAAGAUGUGAAGGCAGUGGAGUGCCUGAUGGAUUGGACGGCGCCAUCAAUGCAACCUCUGCCAGAAGCUCGCUUCAACGUGACAGAUGUGAUGGAACAAGUCAAGAAGGAAAUCGGUGAGAUGAACCAGGAGCAGCUCAACCGGGCUUUGGCGACUGUGAUCGGACAGUCGAAUGCGAUGAAGAAGAAUCAGAGGCAAAUCAAGACUCGUUUGGACCACAAGCAAUGCAGUGAGCAAGAAAAGAAUCGGCUGCAGGACAUGCUGUUGGAUUUGCAAGAGAAAGAGGCAUGCUUUCUGGAAUUGCAAACUGAUGUGAAGCAGAAAUUGGGUGAAGAGGCACCACCUGCCAGUGCUGAGCAGGCGGUUUGUCAUGUGGACACCCUCUUGAAGCAGAUGGAGAAGGAAUUGGCUCUGCAGAAGAGCGGGUGAGGCGCCUUGGAGGGCACGAGCCAAAUCAACUCGAGGUCUUCCGAGCAAAAAA